AUGGAUAUUCCCAUUGGAUUACCACCAGCCCUAACACCGACCAGGUACGAACCACCAUCACCUCCACCAGCAGCGACAAGAACAUACACAUGGCGCGAAUGGGGUGAGUGGCUAGUCAAGGACGUGCCGAAAGAUAUAAAAAGGAAAGUCACCGACGCGUACAGAAUAUUUAAAAACAAGGUUUUAAGUCUAUACGGUAAGCAACCAACGGUAAAAUCAACAUUAGUCUCUAGUGCUAUCAAAAAGAAUACUGCUAAAUGGAUGAUACCCGGUGAUGAGUUCAAAGAUCCUUGGGUCUUCUUAAACAGCGCAAGAUCUGAAGUGGAAAAGAUCGUCAACGAUGUUGAAGGUGCAAAGAAAGUAUAUCUGGUAUUAACCUGCGAACUCGUAAAAGAAGACUCAAAAACCAAACAGAAAACAUACACAACAUCCCACGGAAGAAGUAAUACUCACGCAAUCACAGUUAACAUCAGCGGAGAGUAUGAAAAAAUGCGUGAAAAAGUGUUAGAAAGUCUCGCGAAAUUCCAAAAGAAUGGUAGUAAUUGGAGAUUACACAAAGUGGAAAAGUUAGAAGUGUCUGUCACAAAGUAUGAACCGUUGAAAGGGAAGGGAUAUACAACACCGCUCCCAGAACCUCUAAAGGGAAAGAAUGCCAUCAUUAAUAUGAAAAACGAGGACAACCAGUGUUUUAAAUGGGCAGUCACUAGAGCUCUGAAUCCCGUAAAACGUGACGCAUGUAGAGUCACAAAAAUCUUAAAAUUACAGGUUGAAAAAUAUAAUUGGGAAGACAUAGAGUUCCCAACGAAAGUUAAAGAUAUUCACAAAUGGGAAGAAAAAAAUAAUAUAAACAUUAACGUAUUCGGAUACGAUGAGGAAACGAAAAAAUUAUAUACGUUAAAACUCGGAGAGCAAGAAAUCCAACGGAAACAGUAA